AUGUUUCUUUCAAGCAGCUUCUUCUCAUACAACCAAUCCAUGAACACUAAUGGAAACCCUAGCUCCUCCAUACAUGAAGAAAUUAACAUUAGCCCAGCACCAUUCUUGGAGUUUACCGCACCAUUUCUUGACAUUAAUGAUGAUCAAGAUCAUUUUCCUUUGAGUGAUUUGAGUCACUUGUUAUCACAACAACAACAACAGAUGCAGGGGUCAAAGUCUGGUGAGAUAGUAAUGGAGGUUCAUGAUGAUGUGGCCACAAAUUUAAUCACAAGAAGUAGUACUGCUGGGAAGAAGACGUCAAUUAGUAGUAAAAGGAGGAGUGGGAAGAAGGACAGGCACAGCAAGAUCUACACUGCUCAGGGACAAAGAGAUAGGAGAAUGAGACUGUCACUCCCAAUUGCAAGGAAGUUCUUUGAUCUCCAAGACAUUUUGGGUUUUGACAAAGCAAGCAAAACCAUUGAGUGGCUCUUCUCUAAAUCAAAGGCUGCUAUCAAGGAUCUCACUACCUGUGCUGCUGCAGCUGCUGGUGGUGGUGGUACUACUCAUGAUGGAGAGGUGGAGGUGGGUGAUGGUGAGUCUUGUGGAAAUGUUAUUGGUGGAGAGAAGAAGAAGAAGAGCAAAAAAAUGGCUAAACUAAAACAAGGGGUGGUACAAUUAUUGCACACAAGAGAGUCGAGGGACAAGGCAAGGGCAAGAGCAAGGGAGAGGACAAUGGAGAAAAUGAAGAUCAAACUGGAUUUGGGCCAAAAAAUGAAUGAAGCACCAAGUCAUGAUGAGUUCCUAGGGAAUAAGAUGGCUUCAGUCAACAUAAUGGAGAAACUCUUGGGCACUACUACUGAUCCAGGUUCAAUUUUCAAUUGCAGUACUACUGACAACAUUGGGAUCUCAAGAUCAGCUGGGACUAAAUCCAAGGAUGUGAUGAUUCCUGCAAAUUGGGGCAUCUACAAUGAUUCAUAUUAUUGUGCACUCAAAAGCACAAUACCUUCACCAGGUAAUGCUGAUCAUCAUCAUCAAGAACAAAGCCCUAGUGCAAUUUUUAUGACCAACCCAAAUGGCCAACAACAAAACCCUAAUUUGAAUUCUCCAAUGCAAAACCCUAAUUCAGUACUUUACCCCUCCUUCUCAGAACAAAACCCUGCAGGUUACUAUCCCGGCCUCACCUCAUCAGAGAUUGUUUUGCAUUCUGAUCAUCAAUUCUUGCAGCAGGAAAACCCCUUCUCCGGAAAUUCUAAUUUUCCCAGCAAAUAUGGCUGCUUAUAUUAG